AUGGUGACACGGGCUCAGGCCAGGACUCCCCUCCCGCAGGUGCACACCUAUAUCAUCAGCUACCUGAAGAAGGAGAUGCCCUCCGUGUUUGGUAAGGAGAACAAGAAGAAGCAGCUGAUCCUCAAGCUGCCCGUCAUCUUUGCCAAGAUUCAGCUGGAACAUCACAUAUCCCCCGGCGACUUUCCUGACUGCCAGAAGAUGCAGGAGCUGCUGAUGGCUCACGACUUCACCAAGUUCCACUCGCUGAAGCCGAAGCUGCUGGAGGCGCUGGACGAGAUGCUGACGCACGACAUUGCCAAGCUGAUGCCCCUGCUGCGGCAGGAGGAGCUGGAGAGCACCGAGGCGGGCGUGCAGGGUGGCGCGUUCGAGGGCACCCACAUGGGCCCGUUCGUGGAGCGGGGGCCCGACGAGGCCCUGGAGGAUGGCGAGGAGGGCUCGGACGACGAGGCCGAGUGGGUGGUGACCAAGGACAAGUCCAAAUACGACGAGAUCUUCUACAACCUGGCGCCGGCCGACGGCAAGCUGAGCGGCACCAAGGCCAAGACCUGGAUGGUGGGGACCAAGCUCCCCAACUCGGUGCUCGGGCGCAUCUGGAAGCUGAGCGACGUCGACCGGGACGGCAUGCUGGACGACGAGGAGUUCGCCCUGGCCAGCCACCUCAUCGAGGCCAAGCUGGAGGGCCACGGGCUGCCCACCAACCUGCCCCGCCGCCUCGUGCCCCCCUCCAAACGCCGCCACAAGGGCUCGGCCGAGUGAGCCGGCCCCUGCCCGCCGGCCCUCUCUCCUCCUCGCCCUGCUGUGGCUCCCCAGCGCCAGUCUGCUGCACGCACACCCCACCCCGGCCCACAUGCACCCUCCCUGCCCUCCUUCCCAGCUGUGGGGACCGGGGUCUCUCCGCCCCCCACUGCCUGACAGUGGGGACCAGGGGAGGGGCCAGGCUUCUCUGCCCGCCUGUCACACCUCUACCCGCACCGACGCUUAGGCACGUCACACCGACACUAACACACACACAUACACACACCGAGGCAGCCAUUCAAGUAUUUAUUGAGCACUGACUGUGUUCCGAUGUCCGGGGGUUCAUUCUGGGCACUGGGAUUACAGCAGAGAGCAAGAGAGACACCGACGUCUGCCCUCACGAGCUGACAUCCUCAGGACAUAACAGCCACACAACCACACAGACACACACACACUGGGCCCUAACCAGUCUGCUCCCCGAUUCUGGGCAGGACCCCUCGCCUGUUCCCCAUAAGUGAGCGGCCACUGGGCUGAGGUGACUGACAGCCAGGCCCCUUGUCCCACCCCAUCACCCCACCCCCAUCACAUCCUCAGGUCUCGGGACCACCAGGGGCUCAGAGGGGAGACACAACUUGCUACUUCCGCACAGGGACCCCCCCCCCCAUGGGACCCUCCCCCUAGCUCUGGCCACACCCCUUUCUUUAAAAAGGAUCCUUCGCAGACGGAACAGCCCCUUCGCUCCUGGCUCCUCCCGCACGGUGCCCACGCGGAGGUCUUUCUGUCCUCGCCCCACUGCCCGGGAUUGCGAGCCCGGCCUGCCCCCCGCCCCCCAGCUGGUGGUCCGAGUUUUACACGGCUGCGCACGGCCUCUGCCCGCCGUCCGGCCCCAUCGCAGCGGAGCCCGUCCCGGAUUCAGAGGCCCCCGGGGCUUCAUUUCAGUGUCCUUUUCAGGGCUGUCGUGGGGGGGGGGGGAGGAGGGGCUCUUGGUGCUACAGCCCCACCCCCACCCGCCAGGGACCUCUCACCCCCGCCCCGCCCCCCACUCUCUCCUGCCUUCCCCACACGUGAGUGCUUGACCCUGGUGGAGCACCCGAUGGGAAAGAUGGGGAGGAGGGCAGGAGGUGCGGAACGACUCCCCCUCCAGGGUGCUCACCGGGAUUCCCACGCUCGCCGUCCCCCCCCCGCCCCCCAUGCCAGGGUGGGGGACCCCGUGAAAAGCAGAGCGUCCCCAAGGAGCGAAUAAAGGCCAAGGCUGCUUUCUUGGUGGGA